AUAGCGCGUCGUCCAUUCGGGGUCUCUCUCGUCUCGUUGCGUCCGCGGCCCCUCUUCGCUCUUCCUUCCCCUCUCGGCGGCGGCGGCGGCGGAGGAGGAGAUGGCGCAUCGGCUGCUGCGGGACGCGCAGGCGGACGGGUGGGAGCGGUCGGACUUCCCCAUCAUCUGCGAGUCCUGCCUCGGCGACAACCCCUACGUCCGGAUGUUAAGAGCAGAAUAUGACAAAGAGUGCAAAAUAUGUGCACGUCCUUUUACUGUCUUCCGGUGGCGACCUGGUCGGGAUGCAAGGUACAAGAAGACAGAGAUCUGCCAGACAUGCUGCAAGCUGAAAAAUGUCUGCCAGGUCUGCCUGCUGGAUCUUGAAUAUGGCCUACCCGUUCAGGUCCGGGAUACAGCGCUUGCUAUCAAUUCGAACGAUGCAAUUCCAAGGAGUGAUGUCAAUCGUGAGUACUUUGCAGAAGAGCAUGAUCGCAGGGCCAGAGCUGGCAUAGACUAUGAUUCUUCCUACGGGAAGGCCCGUCCAAAUGAUACCAUUCUGAAGCUUCAGAGGACAUCACCAUAUUACAAGAGGAACCGAGCUCAUGUUUGCAGUUUCUAUGUGCGUGGUGAAUGUACAAGAGGUGCUGAGUGCCCAUAUCGACAUGAGAUGCCUGAAACCGGCGAGUUAUCUCAGCAGAACAUCAAAGAUCGUUACUAUGGAGUUAAUGAUCCAGUUGCACUGAAACUUUUGAGCAAGGCUGGUGAGAUGCCAUCCCUGACACCGCCAGAUGAUGAGAGUAUAAGGACUCUCUACAUUGGUGGACUCGAUAGCAGAGUAACUGAGCAAGAUUUGAGGGAUCAGUUUUAUGCCCAUGGUGAGAUUGAGUCCAUAAGGAUGGUACUUCAACGUGCAUGUGCAUUUGUGACAUACACUACAAGAGAAGGCGCUGAGAAGGCUGCAGAGGAGCUUGCUAACAAGCUAGUCAUCAAGGGUGUGCGCCUGAAGCUCAUGUGGGGUAAGCCUCAGGCUCCAAAACCAGAGGAAGAUGAAGCUGGGAGGCAAGGGCAUGUUGCCCAUGGAGGAUUGCUCCCUAGGGCUGUAAUAUCUCAGCAGCAGAGCGGCGACCAACCUCAACCACCUGGGAUGGAAGGCCAACAGCAACCAGCACCAGCAUCAUACUACUUCAACAUUCCAGCACCACCAGCAGCAGAGCGGACUAUAUAUCCUUCCAUGGAUCCCCAGAGGAUGGGUGCUCUGGUCAAGACACAGGACAGCGAAGGCAAACCAGGGCCACAACCAGCUGGGCAAGCUCAGCCAUCAAGCAGCUCGGCACAGAGCUAUCCUGCGCCACCUCCAUACUACCAUGGUCAGUACCCACCAUACUAUCCACCAUAUGGUGGCUACAUGCCUCCACCUCGCAUGCCGUACCCACCGCAGUAUCCACUAUAUCAGCCGAUGCUAGCACCACCAGCACAAGGACAAGCUAGUUCAUCCCAACAACCAGGGCAAGCAGCAGGACAGCAGCAGCCGCCUCAUGGUCCUCCUGCUCAGCAGCAGCAGCCUCAUGGCCCUCCAGCUCAGCAGCAGCCAGCUCAGAACUGAAGUUCUUAAAGAUGUUGAAUAUUGCUACCGUUGUAAUUUCCGGAAUUUGCUCUGCAGGAGAAUGUAACCCUUGUUGGUUAUCAACUUUUGUAUUUCCUAAAUUGUGAUUAACAACAAUACUUUGUAGUAUUGCUUAUCUGGAUUUUAAACCGAGGGAUAUACUGGAUUUAUCCUGGCACUA